AUGUUGAAGCCCACAAACCUCCACCCCGUGCGGGGAGCAGACAACGUCGCGCUCUCGUCCUCGCGGCGCGCAGCCGGAGAGCGCAGGAAGUACUACAGGGACAUGGCCAUCACCGUCGAGCGCAUCGCCCAGAACGCCCAGGCCGAGUCCGUCGUCGGGUACGAGUGGCCCGACUGGGCCCAGGAGCGCGCGGCCCGCGCACGCCGCGAGCAGGCGACCGAGGCGUUCAGUGCAGACUUCCACUCCUGGUGGCCGGCGUUCUCCGCCGCGAUCGCCUCGACGAUGAGCGUGUCCGCCGUGGCCCUUCGCGCGCCGAUUGCGCACGACCACGCCUCCGUGAGCCGCCGCCGGAGCUCGGACGGCGCCCACGACGACGCCCACGCCAACGGCUCCGCGGCCGCCGUGGGCGCGGAGGCCGCGGCCGGCAAGCCGGCGCACUUCGCGCCGAGCGGGCUGAAGCUCCACGCGGACGCGUCGGCCGCGGAGGAGGAGCCCGCGCUGGGGGCCACGAGCGAAUCUUAUCUGGAGCACCUCGCGCAGGAGGCCGAGCGCGCGGGGGCGCCGCGGGAGCACGCCGCGCACAGGCACCACAAGCGCCACCGCAAGUCGCGGUACCACCAGGGCAGCUACCCGCGCGCGUCGCCCUGGGUCCGGUUCGCGGAAGGGAUGCGCAUGGCGCUCAUGACGAACCCGGCGGCGCCAGGACAGAUCGGCGUGCAGCUCGGCAUGGCGGCGGUGACGGCGCGCAACGGCGGCCCGUGCCACGGCCAGCCUGCGCACGCGUGA